AUGGAGUUUGCCAUGAUAGGUGCAGAUAAUGGGUGCAAAACUCGACUGCCUUACGGGUAUGCUCGCGCACGGGAAAGGGAGCACGAAAGGGAGAGACAGGUACAGCAGGCAACAGCCGCUGCGGAAGGUGCAGCAAGUGGAGAGGGAGGGGAGUCCUCUGGCCAUCUCCUUAACAACCACCAGCAGCAUCAGUCUCGCACCGCCUCCUCAUCAAAUGCCAACAACAGUAGCGGCAGUACCGCCUCGCGCCCCUCCUCCUCGCAACAGCCACAGCAACACUACCAUGAGUCCGAGCAGCAGGUUCUCAGAGAAAGGAAAAAGCAACGCGGCGUAGGACGUUGGAGAAGGAGUCGCCAGACUCUCGGUGGGGAUUUGCGCCACUCGGAGUUGGCGCUACUUGGAUCAGAGGAGGAUAUGAUAGAGGAGGACGAGGCGGAAGGCGGGGAAGAGGAGGACAGGGGAAGCAAGAGUUCCAGUUUUCUCUGUAAUAUGGAUGAUGAAGAGACUGUCUCACUCACAGACAGACGUCCCCAAUCAGGAUACGCAAAUGUUUACAGUGAAUAUGGGUGCAGCGAAAGAGUUGUUAUUAAUGUGUCCGGACUAAAGUUUGAAACUCAACUUAAGACUCUCACACAGUUUCCUGACACUCUUUUGGGAGACCCGGACAAACGAAUCAGGUACUUCGACCCUCUAAGGAAUGAAUAUUUUUUUGACAGGAACCGACCAAGCUUCGACGCUAUUCUUUAUUAUUACCAGUCAGGGGGGCGAUUGAAGAGACCCCAAAAUGUACCUUUUGACAUCUUCUCUGAGGAGGUGAAAUUCUAUGAACUCGGAGAGGAGGCAAUACUGAAGUUUCGGGAGGAUGAGGGUUUUGUCAAAGAGGAAGAGAAACCCUUACCAGAGGACGAGUUCAAACGCCAAGUUUGGCUUCUUUUUGAAUACCCAGAGAGCUCACAACCUGCGAGAGGGAUUGCAGUUGUGUCCGUUUUAGUCAUCGUUAUAUCAAUAGUCAUUUUCUGUAUGGAAACGUUGCCAGAGUUCAGGGACGAAAAAGAAUACCUUAAACCACGAGACAAUUCGACAGAACCUCAUGGACAGACUCCUUUUAACGACCCUUUUUUCAUUGUGGAGACGGUAUGCAUUAUUUGGUUUUCAUUUGAGAUUAUAGUGCGCUUCUUUGCAAGUCCAAGUAAAACGGAUUUCUUUAAAAACAUUAUGAAUACUAUAGACAUUGUAUCCAUUUUGCCUUAUUUCAUCACGCUCGGCACAGAUCUUGCUCAACAGCAAGGCAAAGGGGACCAGGCAAUGAGUUUUGCAAUAUUGAGAAUAAUCCGCCUUGUCAGAGUCUUUCGCAUCUUUAAACUCUCCAGGCACUCCAAAGGACUGCAGAUCCUCGGACAUACCCUCCGCGCCAGUAUGAGGGAACUAGCGCUUCUGAUUUUCUUCCUCGUUAUUGGUGUUAUUUUGUUCUCAAGUGCAGUGUACUUCGCUGAGGCAGACGAACCCGCGUCUCAAUUCACAAGUAUUCCCGACGCUUUUUGGUGGGCUGUCGUCACUAUGACCACGGUCGGAUAUGGAGACAUGAAACCAAUUACUGUCGGUGGCAAGAUAGUGGGCUCGCUCUGUGCCAUAGCGGGUGUGUUAACCAUAGCUCUUCCAGUGCCCGUCAUUGUAUCCAACUUCAAUUACUUCUACCACAGGGAGACUGAUAAUGAAGCAGACCCGCCACCGGUUGUUGAAGCCCCACCACCUAUCUGCCCCUAUUUCCCCAACUUUCUUAAAAAAUUCAAAGGGUCCCCCUCGGGCUCUUCGCUGGGUGAUAAAGCGGAGUACAUGGAGAUGGAAGAGGGGGUAACGGAGUCGCUGUGUGGGGUGGAUACAAGCCUGAGUAAAGGAAACGGGACAGACAUUGGCAGGAAAAACAGUACAAGUUCAAAGUCACAACAGACUGACGUGUGAUGACAAAAAACAACAACAUUAUUCUCGUGAAGAUAUGCUGUCAUAUCACACACACAUAGGUGGUCCGACUCACACAAGUGCGCACUUGCGCGCAUGCACACACACACACUUUAUAUUUAGCUAGACCUUGGGAAGCUCAAACGUGGUGUUUUAUUCUGCUUAGAGGAAUAUAGGCCUACGGAUUUAUAACUAUUAUGACCAAUGUAAUCCGAUGAUAUCAGAUACAGGCUACCUAUCUGGGCCUUGUAAACCUACAAAUGAAAUCGAAAAUAUUUAAGGGACAGGCUAAGGCAUAUGCACUUUAUCAGUUUCAUUUGUCAAUAAUGGAAGGGGAGAUGUAGUUAUUGUUUUGCUGUUAUGCGAUAAAGUCAAAGUUUAUAGUAGGCCUAGUUUGCACUAUUGUAAAAGCUUGUUUGAGACGCUGACUUUCAAGAGAGAUAGACUUGGAAGUUAUGCUGAGAGACAGGAACUGUAGGACAUAUGGCAACCUAGACACCCUUUGUCUGACAUAAUGAGCAUUGAGAUGUUUUUAUUCUGAAAAAUAAUGAAUUCUUAUUGCCUGUCAGUGUAGGUCUAACCCCUCUGUGUACACAAUAAAAUAAUCAUUCAAUAUCGAUCGGAAACAUUGAAAUAACUAAAUCAUUUGUGAGAUUCUUGAGUAAAUGAGCAUGAUGCCUAUUUUGGCAGCACACUGAGGUCAACAAGGGAGACGCUUGGCAAACAACAUUCUUUGCAAAGAUCAGGACAAAAUGAAGCCUUGUAUUGACCGAACACCGAGGUGAAGCACAGGAGUUACACUAGCUACUCUGCAGACUGACAUGAGAAAUUGCUCCACACUGGCUGUCACAAGAGGUCCUGCACGGGAUAUCUUGCGCCACUACAACUCCGUCCCUUUAAAACCACCUCAAACUAACUGACAAUAUCCCUUUACACGGACGUUGACUGAAGCUUAUUUGGGGGAAAAAUGACUGUCAUCAUGGAAACUUUGGGUUUGUGAACUUAGUCUCUUAUUCGUUGGACAGUACACAUUUCUCUAAAAUGAGAAAGGAAGGUCUGUUGGUCAUCCCAGAAAGCACCAAGAUCUCCAGCAGGCGGUUGUUUUCCAAGUGCUGUCAGUUGAUGGCUUAGGAGAGGGUGUGCUGGCUGGUACUCUUGGAAUUGUCAGAGAAAGAGCUAAUAUUAUGACUGGUCAUCUGGGGUGAGACAACGGACAUCGAUAACCACAGAUCUACUGCAAGAGUGAACCCAGCGAUCGGACAUCGGAAGUUUGAGACAAAUUAGACAUUGGGACACUAUACGGAGUGCACAAGGAACGAAAAUCUUUCCUAGUAAACCUGGAGGCAGCGAAAUGAGUCGCUGAGGCACAAUUCCAGCAGGUCGUCCGGCACUAUGGCCUUCCGGAGGACAUCAUUUCCGACCAUGGUCCCCAAUUUAACGUCAUGGGUCUGGAAAGCCUUUAUGGAGAAGCUGGGGGCCACGGUCAGCCUCACAUCCGGGUAUCGGCCUCAGUCCAACAGGCAGGGGGACAGGACCCACUGCAGUGAGGCGCCUGUGUUCCAUCCUGGUGAUCGCGUCUGGCUCUCCACCAGGAACCCCCUGCUCCGCCUGCCCUGCCGGAAGCUGAGCCCCUGGUUUGCGGGGCCCUUCAAGGUCCUUUGGAUGGUCAAUGAGGUAACCUAUCGCCUAAAAUUCCCCACAAAUUACCGGAUCUCACUCUCCUUUCAUGUUUCCCUCCUCAGGCCGGUGGUUCUUGUUCCCCUCUCUGAUGCCGUCCCCCGCGACACCCUUCUGCCUCCUCUGGCGGGUACUGUCAUGCUUGCGCCUGCUCCCUCCCUCCCUCCCUCCCUCCCUCCACCACUCGACGUCAUUGGUCUACUAACCACCGGUCCUGGCAACUAUUAAUAUGCACACCUGUUCCCUAUCAUUACACACACCUGGUCAUCAUUUACUCCGCAAUUACUCCCCCUUUAUUUAGCCUUCAGUUGACAUCAGUCAUUAGAACUGUUAUCUCUCACGUUCUGCCUGCUUCUCAUGUUUGUUUAUUGAUGUUGUUUCUUUAUUAAAAAUGUGCCUUCUGCACCUGCUUCCUGACUUCCAGAGGAAGACGUCUAAACGUCAGUCACCUGUCCACAUCCUAUACAAUGGAUUAAAGUGAGCA